AUGAUUGGCUACUUCGGCGUGCGAAUUGAGCUACAGCAGAGGCUGGCUAUGGAUACGGAGCAGGUCUCGUGUGUCAAGGUUUCUGGCCUAGUUCUAUUAAAGAUUAUCAAACAUUGUGAGGAAGAAACGCUUCUCGCUACAGAACAUGUAAAUGGUGUUCUCCUUGGGUUGGCUGUAGAUAAUGCUCUGGAAAUAACUAACUGCUUUCCACUGCCAAAAAUCUCCGAGGAUGACCAAGCAGUAAGUGAAGCGCUGAGCGUCUAUGAAUACGAUAUGAUGAAAAAUAUGCGUGAGCUCAACUCCGACUAUCUCAGCGUCGGUUAUUACCUUGGUGGUUACGGAUGUUCGUUUCUCACACGCUCCCUUCUUGAGACUCUCUUCCAGUAUCAAACACUUGUUUCAGAAGCUGUUUUACUUACCUAUGAUCCUUCUUGUGCCACUCGUGGUCAGCAGGGUCUUAAGUCCUACCGGCUAUCGAAGGUAAUUUUCGAUGCCAUGUUAGAAACGGAGAAGCGUAUACGGCUAAUGGGGAACGCUAAGAAUCCCGAAAUCUCAUGGGAGUGUGAUGCGUCUCUCCAUGCUGGGAAGACUAACUUUACCCGGCUACUGGAAGAACUUCCAACUAGCGUGGUAAAUUCUAAACUCGCCCGCAUUCUUCUGAAGGACAUCGUGGACCAAUCAGAUGAGCAGGUUGCUGAUGCAACUCAGGUCAAGGCCCGAAACAGCUUCUCGGGUCUCCACCUAAGUAUGGCCAGUGACUUGGAGCAGCAAUUGCGAUCUCUUAUUCAGCGCUUAGACAACAUUUAUGAGCUACAGUAUACCUAUCAGCGAACCCUCAGUAAGCCAGGUGCUUCUACUGCAACAAAGGAUCAGCGAAUCAAGGAGCUUGCGCCCAUACGUUUGGAGACGGCCCUGGCUUCCUGCCAGGCGGACCUCUAUUCCUCAGGUAUAGCCCAGUUGGCUGGCCAGACGGUGGGAAAACUUAUGCUUGCUGAAGCCAUUCAUCAAUACAGGAAUGUAGCUCCUGAUGUCCCUGACUCUGAAUAA